UAUAAUUACAGAUCUCAUCUUUCAAAUAAUUUGUGCCAAGUGCUAACCUAAACAAAAGCAUUGUCGUUCAUGGCGGGCAUGAGGGAAACUGCAAUAAUACCCGAAGAUAUUAUAGUGGAAAUUGUGACGAGGUUGCCGAUCAAACCCGUAGGGCGAUGCAGGUGCGUUUGUAAACGGUGGCGCUCUCUAUUCUCCGACCCAAAGUUUGCCAAUUCGCACAUACAAUCAGCUUCUGAGCGGCAAACCCUCUGUCAGAGACUUGUUCUCGUCAGCCAUGAAUACAAAUCGCUAGAGUUGGAGUUGGGGGAGCUAAAGGAGCUUAAGAAUUCUUCGCUCAGAGUCGGACAGCUGAACACCCCAUUCAAGAAACCGGGCCAUGCUAUCCGCUUUUUAGGCUCUUGCAAUGGGUUAGUAGCCUGUUAUAACUGUUGUAAAUAUCCAAACAUUAAUUGUAUGGAUCCUAAAUGUGGUUCAUCCUUGUUUAUCUGGAACCCAUCAACCGGAUUCUACAAAGAAAUACCUGAGAAAGGCUUUGGUCUUCCAUGGGGGGUUUCCACAUGUGGCUUUGGCCAUGUCUCUGACACUGACGACUAUAAAGUUGUUUUAAGAGGGAAUUUGACGAGUUGGGGAGAGGUUAGCAUCUUCUCGUUGAGAGCUCAAACGUGGAAAUCAAUUAAAUCCCCUAUGAACGGCACGCUGCAACGGAAAGGGCUGCUUUUUAGAGAGGCACUUCAUUGGCUAGCGCUUGAGAGAUACACCCCUGCUCCUCGUGAGUAUUUUGAAAUACCAAUAGCUCUCUUUGCCUUUGAUUUGGCGAAGGAGGGGUUCCGGAAAAUGCAGGUGCCUAGUAUUCUGAACGUCACUCAUAAAUGCCAGUUGGGAGUUUCUUGUGAAGGAUGCCUGUACAUAAUGCGGUAUAAUCGGCUGUUUGAGCAUCAAGGGAUAUAUUAUGUUGUUGAUUUUUGGGUCAUGAGAGAAUACGGAAACAGUGAUUCCUGGACUAGAUCCCUCAGCCUAAAAUUUUUCGAUAAGUGAAGCUAUAUGCUUGAACCGAUCUUGCUUAUGGAAACUUGUGCAGUUGUGAUGAAGAGGUCGAAAAAGUUUGAUCAAGACAAAGAAGAGACGCCUGACAUAUAUAUGGUUCGUGAUCAUAAUAAACAAGAGAACGCCAGCAUGUAUAUUCUUUACAGUAAUCCAACAGACAUGAUUGUAUAUGAAGAGAGUCUUAGUGAGUAUCAUGGAGUGGAAAGAGAAGAAGAUCAAAAGCUCUAAUCCUCUACGUACCACAAGGCUUGAUAACGCUGAAAUGAAGAGGACCCACUUGCCUAGUGAUACCAGUUGGUUUGUUUAUUUAUGCUCUAGUCUUUGUAGUAGAAUCAAGUGUGUUUUUGUGAAUGCAACUUCUAAGACCCAUAGUUUAAACUUUAAAGGUGUUGAAAAAAUAGCUUAGAAAUUUUCCAAUAGUUAUAGGUCCAGAAGAGAAUGAUUAUUGAUUGGUUUAUUGCCAAUAUUUUUCUUUCAUCAUAACAAUGUUUUUUGAUCGUA